AUGAGUUUUCAUGAAACUGGAAAAGAUUAUUCUUAUAAUGAAAUGACAUUAAAAAAGAAUGAGAAAUCAAAUGAAGAUGAAAUAUGUACUGAAAAAAAUUUUGCCAAAUCUACUUUUAAUAAUAUGCAACUAAUUAAGGGUAAUAAUGAUUCUAAUAUAGAAACAUCUAAUGAUAUGUUAAUUGUUAAUGAUGAUGAUAUUUAUAAAGAGAUUGGUGAAUUUAAUGAAGAAAUUGUUAAGAAAGUUAAUAUUGAUGAUAUUUGCUUAAAAAUAAUAUGUAAAUCUUCUGGCGAUUCAAUUAAUACAAUUAGUGAAAAAUCUGGUUCUACAGAUGUUGAACAUGUUAUUACUGCAAAACAUUUAACAAAAAGAUCAAGAACUAUAUCAGGAUCAAGAACAGAGGAUCAUUUUAUGUCAACUGAAAGUGGAAAGAGAGUUUAUACAAAAGGUCGUCCACCAUGGUAUGAUAAAACAGGUAAAAUGUUAAAACAACCAUAUCUUAUUGGAAUAUGUGGUGGAUCAGCAUCUGGAAAAACGACUGUUGCUAAAGCUAUCAUACAACGUCUUGAAAUGCCUUGGGUUACUGUUUUAUCAAUGGAUUCAUUUUAUAAAGUUUUAAAUGAGGAACAACAUAUUUUAGCUGCUAAUAAUGAGUAUAAUUUUGAUCAUCCAGAAGCUUUUGAUUUUGAUUUAUUAUUAGAUGUUAUUAAAAGACUUUGUCAGGGAAAAAGUGUUGAUGUACCUGUUUAUGAUUUUACAACACAUAGUCGUGAUAAAAAUAGUAAAAUAAUGUAUGGUGCUGAUGUUUUAAUUUUUGAAGGUAUUUUAGCAUUUCAUAAAACAGAAUUAUGUAAAUUAAUGGAUAUGAAGGUAUUUGUUGAUACGGAUAGUGAUACAAGAUUAGCAAGACGUCUUCAUAGGGAUGUUAAUGAAAGAGGACGUGAUGUUGAUAGUGUUUUAGAACAAUAUCUUAAACAUGUUAAACCUGCUUUUGAUACAUUUAUCGCUCCAGGAAUGAAGAUGGCUGAUAUUAUAAUACCUAGAGGUGGAGAAAAUAAAGUAGCAAUUGAUUUAAUUGUUCGUCAAGUAAAAGGACAACUUGCUGAAAGAGGAUAUGAUCCAACAAAAUGUAUUAUUAAUAAUAGAACAUUAUUAACAAAUCAUUCAAUGCCUGAGGAAUUACCAGAAAGUUUAAUAUUAUUAAAGCAGACACGACAAAUAAUAGGUCAAAUAACAAAAAUAAGAAAUCGUGAAUGUAGUAGGGAAGAAUUUAUCUUUUAUUCUGAUAGAAUACUUAGUUUAUUAAUUGAAGAAAGUAUGAAUCAUAUACCAUACAUAGAUCAUCUUGUAACAAUGGCAAAUGGAAAAGUAGUUUGUGGAAGAAAAAAAAAUGUUGAAUUAUGUGGUAUAUCAAUUAUGAGAGCUGGUGAAACAUUAGAAAAAGCCUUAAGAAAUGUUAUAAAAGAUUGUAAAAUGGGUAAAAUGUUAAUACAAACAAAUGAAGUAUCAAAAGAACCUGAAUUAUAUUAUUUAAGAUUUCCUAAAAACGUAAAUAAGUAUAAAAUCUUAUUACUUGAUGCAACAGUAGCUUCAGGUGCUGCUGCAAUGAUGGCAAUAAGAAUAUUACUUGAUCAUGAUAUUAAUGAAGAAGACAUUAUUUUGUGUUCACUUCUUAUGGCUGAGCCUGGAGUACAUGCAUUAGCAUAUGCAUUCCCAAAAGUAAAACUGGUAACUGCUGCUAUUGAUAAAGAAAUUAAUGAAAAUUUUCAUGUCCUUCCUGGACUUGGUAAUUUUGGAGAUAGAUAUUAUGGCACUGAAAGUAAAGGAACAAUUUUAGAAGAAGAAUCAUUAUCAGAAUCAAGUUCUGAUGUCUCCCCAGCAACAUCUGAGGAAAAUCUUUUAAAUGAGUAUCACGAAAGAAAACAUAUUAUUACAGAAACAAAUUAA